AUGGGGGAUCGUAGGGCGGACAAGCGGCCGAUGGUGGCAGGGGAACAAGACGCGGAGCUGCGGCGGGAGAAGGCCCUCCGCGAGAAGGCCAAGAGCGCCAUGGGUGGCCGGCAGGGAAGUCGCGACGGCCGCGAGACGCGCGACGCGCACGGCUCCGCGGCUGCGCAAGGAGGGCGCGAGGGGGAUUGGGGUCCUCCUCCCCCUUGGUGGAUUCAGCUGCAAGAGCGAAAGUGUUUGAAGAAGGAAGGGUGCAGGCGCAGAGAGCUGGAGCGGAAAUCCAUGCCCCUACCCAAUUAUGGCGCGGGCCAUGGAGAUCCUCUGGCUAAGAAGCCGCGCGCCAGCUCCGAGCCGCUUGCGGUGGCCCUUCCGGCUACCCCCAAAGGCUCGGCCGACGCGUCCAUUCCGGUGGAAGAGAUCCCGGAUGUGGAAUGCUUUAAGUGCGGCCGAUUGGGGCAUUACCAACCCAAAUGCAAGUUCGAGCCACUGUGCGUGCUAUGCAAGGAGGAGGGCCACGUCUCGGCUGCGUGCCCAACGCGUGGAAAGGCCCUGAACCUCCAGAUCAUGGGAAGCGCCAUCCCGGGUGAGGGCUUCUUCUGCCUUCAGUACGACGAGGACGAGGAGAUGGACGAUGGAGCGGAUCUGAAAAUCGACAAUGCAGCUAUCAUCUCUGCAGAUCCGGGCCAACUCUCGCUCCGCGCCCUCAAGCAAGAGCUUAAACAUAUGGUGGCAGGUGAUUGGGAUUGGCAGGUCGGCCAGGUUGGGGACAAUGAUUUCUCGGUUAUCUUUCCCUCGGCCGAUCUGCUCCAUAUGGCCAAAUCCAGCGGCAAACUUUUCCUCUCUAUCAACGACAUAACCGCAAGGGUGCGGGAGUCACUGCAUGAGGAAGUGGCGCCACUGGUCAUGCCGGAGACGUGGGUUCAGCUCCAUGGCAUUCCCAGGAAGCAUCGCCGUGUGGAGCGUCUGAUGGAAGGACUGAAGAUGUUGGGGCGUCCCAUUGUGGUGGAUGAGCUCUCUCUCAUACGGCUGUGCUAG